UCAGUUUACAGGCUUUACAAGACGAGAUGUGGGGCGAUCAAGUAUCGGUUAUAUCUUGUGAUAUGAGGCAUUGGGAAGCCCCGGAAAAAGCCGAUAUUAUUGUCAGUGAAUUGUUAGGGUCAUUUGGGGACAACGAACUGUCACCAGAGUGCCUCGAUGGUGCUCAAAUAUUCUUAAAAGAUGACGGUAUAAGUAUUCCAAGACAAUAUACAUCGUAUUUAUCACCAGUUUCUUCACAUAAAUUAUAUAAUGAAGUUAGACUAUGUAAAGAUAAGGAUAAACAUCCCGAUGUGAGUAAUAUUUUGGAUUUAUUAUUUCAUUUAUCACCUUGA